CCAAUCACCCCAUUCGAAUUAUACAUCCCCAAGGGAGAGAGGAGCUCUUCAAGACACACCUCCAUAGUCUCCAGCCGUGCUCAAGAAAGAAGGGAGCUCAAGGGAGAGGAUUAAGGGUGAAAAAGUGAGGAAAAGCUUUGGAUAAUAAGGUACUUCAAGGACUUUCACGGAGUUGAAAGGGUCGCCGGAGUUGUCGCCGGAGUUAGUCGAAGUUCACCGGAGUUACACCGGAGCUCAAUAAGAGAGGCUAGAACUUCAUAAGCUUCUUUUAAGGUUGAGGCUAGAGUCCUGCUACCUGCACCUUUGCCCAGGGUGAACUCAAAUAAGGAAGACGUGAAAUGGAGGGUAGAGGCAUGGCUACGAGGAACAACCCGAGAGGGCAAACUCCGGUGACGUCCGAAGGGGCUAGCCAGGUUGCAUCUCGGGGCGCGAGAGGCGGUAGGAGAGGCCGUGGAGGCCGUGGAGGCCGGGGAGGCCGUCGGGCUCAAACCGUGAGCGAUGGCCAUGUUAGCUCGGUGCAUGGAACUCACACCGAGGAUUAUGACUCUACCUAUGUUCCCGAGACGGAACAUGAGGAGACCCCAUAUGAUGGGGGUGAUACGUAUACUGAUGAUGACAACGAUGAGAGUGAUGCCAAAUUCGCCCAGAUGGGUGAACUGUUUGAGUGGUAUCAAAAGGAGAAGUUGAGGAGAGAUCUUAGGCGCCAAGCUAGGCGUGCCUCUCAGGGGGCUUCAGGUCACGGAAGCCGGGGAGCAUCAGUGGCUACACCUGUGGCGUCACAGGAAAUGCAUGGAGGAGGUUUUUGUGUAAGAAUCUCCAAAUACCUCAAGGAGGCUAGGGCCUUGGGGUGCAAGUCAUUUGACGGCAAGGGUGAUAUAUCGGUGGCUGCCGAUUGGAUAAAGAAGCUAAAUGAGGCUGCUAGGGAUAUGCAGAUCGGGCUUGAUAUAAAGCUGACAGUUGCUACCAGGUUACUGGAGGGAGUAGCCGCGGUAUGGUGGGAAGGCGUGGAAGGAAAGUUCCACGGUGAGACCACCUGGGAGAAAUUUGAAGUAGAAUUCUAUAAUCAGUACUACUCAGAGUUCGAAAAGAACCAGAAGAGGAAGGAGUACAUGACCCUGGUACAGGAGGAGGAUUGCUCGGUGAGGCAACUGGAACAAAGGUUCCGGGACUUGGCACGAUACAUACCUGAGUACGCCAUGGAUGAGAACCGCAUGGCUAAUCACUUCUGGGAUACCCUACAGUUGGAUAUCCGUGAUAGGGCCACCUACAAUCAUCACAUGACUUUUAGUGAGAUUGUGGAUCAAGGGCUACUUGGGGAAGCCAAGUGGAAUGAAAGGAAGAAGAGAGACGCCGAAGAGGCGAAGAAAAGAAGAUGGGGAAAUUCUGGACCCCAAGACCAUUCUCGGAAACAUCACGCCGGGAAUGGAAGAUCAUUCAGGGCGCCGGAACCACCGGCAAAGAAGAGUAAGGGCCCAGGAGGGCAAGGGCAUAGCUCGGGGGGCGUGAGGCCACCAAGGUGUCCGAACUGUAACAGGAAUCACUCCGGGAAGUGCAAUGAACCACCCCGGUGCUACAAGUGUGGUAGCACAAGCCACCUCAAACUCUCUUGCCCAAUGUUGAGUGGAGGUGGGCCAUCGGGAGCUGUUGAGGCACCUACGUCUGGUAGGGGUCGUGCGGGACCAUCUCAAGGCGGCACGGGAAGGGGCGGACCCACGGCCAGUAACGCCGCGUCCGUUAACCAAGGGAGGACCCAAGCACGGGUGUAUGCAAUGACCGAGGCCGAUGCUCGGGCCAACCCGGACUCUAUUACAGGUUGAGGCUAGAGUCCUGCUACCUGCACCUUUGCCCAGGGUGAACUCAAAUAAGGAAGACGUGGUUCGUGCUUCCAUUCUUAUUUGAAAUUAUGAACUUGCUCAUGGAUAUUUGAACGAUGUUUUCUAUUAAACUAUUGAAGGGCCUGCGUGCUCAUGUUUGCCACGUGUGGCUAAAUGUCAAACAUAUUUUAUUUCCGCAUUUGUUUGAUUUAUAUAUUGAUGUUGAUUGUAUGGGUUUACUAAUCGGUUUGGCAAUAGAAUCUAUCGGACGCCUUGUAUGAUUUGAUAAGAAUGAGCUACGUUGUUCUUAUUGGGUUGUACGGCGGUUGUCUACGUGGCACGGAUGCGGUCCGGGGCGUGACAAGCAACAACAACAACAACAACAACAACAACAACAACAACAACAACAACAACAACAACAACAACAACAAUAAUAGAGUACUGUAAACUUUGAAACCGUGAAACUAAGCACUUGCAUAUGUAAUUUAAAUAUUCUAAACUUUAUAUAAAUAGUUAUUUUCGC